AAUACGGACCCAUUGCUAGCUACUGAAAUGCUGGUUAAAUCAUUUAGUAUUGAAGUUUUGUGUAUGAAGCAUAUACCAGCUUACUUAUGUUGUUGAUUUUAAUGUUUAAAAUCCAAAAUUUUAUCAAAGCAUUGCGAUCGUAGUAAAGCUAAAUAGAAUAUCAAAACUCGCAACAAAAAAAUUAGUACCAUUCUGCUGAAAUAAACACAAAUUUAUAAUUUAAUAAAAUAGUGAACGAAAUGAUAUGAGAUAUACAUAAGCGAUAAGGUCAUCAGUGAGUGAUUCAUGUGGAUUUGUGCGUCUUCUUUUAUGGACUAUUUCUGACAAUAAACAGCACAUGUUUCCAUUCAUGUACAUAUACACAAUAAAAAUGAUUAUGUGAAUACAAGUCAAAUAAGGAAUUUUGUUACACGAACCACAAAUAAUAUAUAAAUUUAUCAGCGCCAUUGUCAUUUUUCUCUCAAUAGAAUAAAGAACCGAAAAAAGUAUGUUGAAACACGUACAAAUAUCACCACAUCGCAAUCGAUCCGAUUCAAUGUCGUUGCGUUCAGCAACGUCAUGUGCGUCUUCAUUGUGCGGUAGUCCCGAACCACCAAUGGAUUCACUCCGAUCAUCGUCUCGCGCAUCCAGCUAUUGCAGCCUUGACAAUACCAUACCACAGACCACAAUCAAAGUAUUCACUAGCUGCCUAAAACUAGAUAUAGAGUAUAAAACUUUGGGGAUUCGGUGGGAUACAACUAGCAAAGACGUCGUUGCACAAAUUUUGCGAAGGACCAAAAUGCUUCAAAGGGACUCGCGAUUGUUUUACCUGUCCAUGGAGGUGACUGUACGAAAGGCUGGUGUCAAGCGGUUUCUUGCAUUGGAUGAUGAUGCAAGACCGGCUAUUCUACAGGCUUGUCAUCCCAAAGGAGACUCGAGGUUUUGUCUUCAAAUCAAACCUGGUGGAUUAAUUCGAGUACAUACGUCAGUAUUGCAGCCAACAUCUCUAUAUAAGAGUUUAUUUAUAUCAGAAGAGACGACCACAGACGAACUGCUCACAUUGUUAUUAUCGAGCUACAGUUUGGAUGAACCCGUUGAGCAAUUUUUAUUAUAUGAGGUUUGCCCUUCACAAGAGUACCAACGAAAAUUACAUCCUGACGAUUUGCCAUUGCGAACUCAACAACAGCGUACACAGCGUGGCGAACAAUUUCAUUUCAUUGUACGAAAAAAUCCACAUUAUCCACGACGGCGACAGUUAUUGCCACCGAAUGUCGAAAAUAAAUCAACAAAGGCUGAUGACGAAAAUUCAAAUAACCGUCGAUACACUACUAACACAGCGGUGUGCCACAAAAAUUGCGUGCGAGAGUUAAGCUAUGCACGAUUAACUCGUGUCCCAACAACUGAUAGCCUAAAUGAAUGUCAUUCACAUGACGAUGAUACCAUGCAAAGCACAACGUCAAAUAUUAUUAAUAAAUACAAACCUGUCUAUAAUAUUCGCGAAAUUAGUGCGGUGUGCAAUUCAUUUUCAUCACUCGGAUUGGGAUGGAAUGUGGAUCGAAAUCAUAGAACAUCGUCGAACUUAGCUUCGCAUGCCGUACCAAACAGACUUUCGAUGGACAGUGUUACAAAUUCAAAUCUAAAUAUUGUGCGUGAAGCAGUAAUUAAUAAUCCUGCCAAAGGUUACGGCAGUUACGUUUAUAUUUAGAUAUAAUUACCAAAGACAAAAUGUAAGCCCCUUCGGAGAGAAUAUUGUUAUGAACUAAAUCGUAAUAUAACAAACACACUUUUCUGAUUAUUAUUGAAAUUGUCAAGAAGUGCAUAGCAAUGGAUGGUAUAUGCUGGGCUUUUAGGGAUGGUGAAAAUAUUAUAUAUAUUAGUGAGACGUAAAAGAACGCAAGUUUGUCCAACUUCUCAGCAAUAAAGAGAAGUAUUUUUCAUUGCAACUAGUAAUGGUUGAAAGAACGAUGUUCGUUUUUGGCGGGUCGUCGCGGUUUUGAACGGUUUCCGCGGAACUGAUAAGAAAUAACAACUUGGUGUCUUCAGCAAAAUUGUAGUACCCGAGAUCUUCUAUAACACUGCAGUUAUCUCUUAUCUCUUAUCAGUUCUGCGAAAAAUGCGAAAAAAUGAUUAAAAAAAAAGAAGUUCUAUAUAAAUUUUGCUUUUUUAUUGCGCGAUUUGCGCGCAACUGAUAAAACAUAAGAGAUAGCUGUCUUCAUAUAGAAGACCUCAAGUACUACAAAUUUGCUGAAGAUAUCAUGUUGUUAUCGUUUAUCAGUUCCGCGAAAACCGUGAAAAACCGCGGAGGCUAGACGAUAUGCAAACAUACUUUCUUUCAACGCAGAUAGAAUCAGCAGAAAACAUACUUUCCUUUUCAAAAAUAUAAAUCGAGAAAAAAACAUACAUUCUUUUACGUCUCACGAAUAGAUAUAUGGUAGUUCUACACGCUAAAAAAUAUCUGUAAGAAUCUACACGAUGAUACCAAUCAAACAUGGAUUUAUAUGACAAAUCGUGUAAAAACGAUAAAAUAUCGUGUAAUUUCAAAUAAAUCAAUGAAUUGGUCAAUACUAUUACCCGAUAUACGCAUCUGUCAAAUGUUUGCGUCAACUUUGAAACAUUAAAAAUUACACGAUAUUUUAAUGUUUUACACGAUUCGUCAUAUAAAUCCCAUUUUGAUUGUUAUUAUCGUGCAAAUUCUUACAAAUAUUUUUUAGUGUGUAGUACUACUUGAAGCUUCGAGAACUAGAAACAUUCUCGAUAUAAUAAAAUUAAUAUUAUCUUAUUGAUGUGUUUUUUCUCCUGUGUCCGCUGCGCUUCGGAAAAUGUUUUGUAAUCAUGAUAGCAAUGGAGCAAUGGAGGAAAAGAAGAAAAUAAACAACAGAAAUGUAUGCCAAAGAUGAUGAUUUAAUAAAGAACAUUAAAAGAAAAAUAUAAAACACUAA